AUGGCGUACAUUCUCCGUGCCGGCGUGCCGGAGAAGAUUCUUUCAGCAGUCGCUCGCCUUUACGAUAAGGACAAGCGAGUUGAUGCAGCCAUGACAACAACACUUUUGUUCAAGGACCAAAGUGGCAGGUGGGUGCACAGCCGCGUUUACACCAAUAUUGCACGUGGUUGGCUCGGUGGCGUGAUUCCUCGCGUCUGGGAGUUGCCUCAAAUCGAGAUCGAGACGGACAAGUGCCAUAUCGUGUUCUACAACGCGAUGAUGCCGCAUCUAUACCACUACAUCUCAAUCACUGACAAAGCCAUCGGAACAACAACAUACAAGCACCAGUACUCUGGAGGUCCCGUAUGGGGUAACGUUCAAACUUCGGCUGGAGCUGGAGGGGCUUCGUAUUGGAGUACCUACAAUUACCAACUCGAGGCGUUUGUCAGCAAGCUACAAGGUGGCUACGAGGAAAGCAUCAAGCAGAUGCAGACGAUUGAUCAGAUAUACUCGGCCCCCGGACUACCAAUCCGGCCAGGAAAGAAGAUUGUCAACCGCUGGAGGGAGACGGAGUUCAUUGACGAUGCAAUCGGGUACUCGGUCUAUCCAAGUACAACCGCUCAGCAAUCAUAUAAACAGUCGUGUUUGAAGGAGCACAUUGAUGCAGUGUUUGUUGACUGGCACUCGCCAAGUAUCGCCAUGGCCUCAAAUUGGGCGGAGCUGUGA